AUGGGCGACCUUCCCAACGGCCGUACCAAGGCCGAGGAACAGGAGCUGCGGGAUGAGCAGGACCUCGCGGCCAUGGGCCAUUCGCAGGACAUGUCGCGCAAGUUUGGCGUCUUCAGUAUGCUGUCGCUCGCGUUCUGUGUGCUGGGCACGUGGUCGACCUUCGCCCAGGACCUGUCGAGCGGCCUCUCCAACGGCGGGCCCAUCAGCAUCCUCUGGGGCCUUGUGCUCGUGACGAUCUGCAACCUGUGCAUCGCCGUCUCGCUCGGCGAGCUCGUCAGCAGCAUGCCGACGGCCCUGGGCCAGGCCUACUGGGUGCACAAGCUGCUCGAAGGCCCCGGCGGCGAGGCCACGGCCCUCGGCAAGGUGGCGUCGUACUACUGCGCGUGGAUCAACACCUUUGGCUGGUGGACGCUGGGCGCGUCGCAGAUUGCCUUUAUGACGGACUUUCUGCUGGGCAUGAAGGUCAUCUUCGACAACGACUGGGAGGGCGCCAGCACGGGCUGGAUCCAGUUUCUGGUGUACCUGGCCGUCACCGUGUUCCUGACGGUCCUCAACCUCGUCUUUUGCCGGCGCGAAAAGGUCCUGCCCUACUUUAACAACUUUGUCGGCGUCUGCUUUGUGGGCCUCUUCUUUGUCUUCAUGCUGGCCCUGCUCAUCACCGUGGGCGUGCGCCGCAACCUGGCCUUCCAGUCGGGCACGUUUGUCUUUGGCACCUGGAUCAACCAGACCGGCUGGAGCAACGGCGUGACGUGGUUCAUCGGCCUCGUGCAGGCCGCCUACGGCCUGACGGCCUUUGACUCGGCCAUCCACAUGGUCGAGGAGAUUCCCAACCCGCGCCGCAACAUGCCGCGCAUUGUGUUUCUGGCCGUCGCCAUGGGCGCGCUCUCGGGCUUCGUCUUCAUGGUGGUCUGCCUCUUCUGCAUCCAGUCGCUCGACGACGUGCUGAACGGGCCCACGGGCCUGCCGUUUAUGGACCUGUGCACGAGCACCAUUGGCCUGCAGGGCAGCGCCGUGCUGCUCGCCCUCUUCAUCUUCAACGGCCUCGGCCAGGGCGUGUCCAUCCUGACGACGGGCUCGCGCAUGACCUGGGGCUUCGCCCGCGACGGCGGCCUGCCCUGGAGCAACACGCUGGCCGCCGUCAACCCGACCUGGAAGGUGCCGGCCAACGCGCUGUACCUGCAGGGCGCCCUCGUCGGCCUCGUCGGCGUGCUCUACACCUUUUCCGACACCGUGCUGUCGGCCAUUCUGAGCGUCAGCACCAUCGCGCUCACCAUUUCCUACGCCAUGCCCAUCCUCGCGCUCCUGUGGGCGGGCCGCGGCAAGCUGCCGCCCCACGGCCAGUUCCACCUGGGCCGCCUGGGCCCCGUGUGCAACUGGGUCUCCAUCGUCUACUGCGCCAUCACGACCGUCUUCUUCUUGUUCCCCGGCUCGCCCAACCCGGGCGCCAGCGACAUGAACUACGCCAUUGCCGUGUUUGGCGUCAUGAUGGUCAUUGCCACGGCGUUCUGGUUCAUCCGCGGCCGCCGCGACUACCUGGAGACGCGCGAGUCGGUGGCGCGUGUCAUCUACGCGCAGAACGAGAUGGCUGCACAGACUGUGUCGCCCGACCGCAAGGACUUGUAA